AUGAUAGAAGUUACAGUGGAGGCAGAACAAAAUCAGAAACUGACCUUUUUUCAGCUAAAUGUAACGUGCCAUCCUAAUGAAGAAUUGCUGCUGGCAGGCAGAUGCGGAUCAAAUUGGAAGCUGAAACGUGACUAUCCCAGUGCUGUUGUUCUUAGUACCGAUGACUUCUUUACUGAAAAUGGUGUCUAUCUGUUUGAGCCUGACUUCCUGGAGGAUGCACACAAGUGGAACCAAAAGAGAGCACGCAAAGCAAUGAAGAAUGGGAAAAGCCCGGUUAUUAUUGACAAUACCAACAUCCAUGCUUGGGAAAUGAAGCCGUAUGUGAUGAUGGCACGUGAAAAUAGAUAUGAAGUUAUAUUCCAAGAACCAGAUACACCCUGGAAGUUCAGUGUUCAAGAACUGACGAGAAGAAAUAUUCAUCAUGUCCCUCGACAAACAAUACAACGGAUGAAAGAACAGUAUGAGCACAAUGUUACCUUCCACAGUGUUCUUCAGUCUGAAAAACCAAGCAGAGACGAGAAAAGCUCCUGUGGACCAAAUGCAGCUUACACCAUGGGUGCCCAUUCCAAUCCCACUGCAGCCUUCUCAAACAGAAGACCUCGUGUGGCACGUACAAACAACAUGCCCUUUAACUGA